ACUGUCAAGAAGACGAUGAAUUUCUCUGAGCUUUUCAAGCAAUCCAACCAGCUCUGCCGCUUUUCUCCGGACGGAACGCACGUGGCUAGCUGCUCUUCCUAUAGGCUGGUCGUUCGAGAUGUGGCAACUCUACAGAUCACACAUCUAUACACUUGCCUUGAUGCUAUCCAAUACUUGGAGUGGUCUCCCGAUUCAUUGUAUAUUCUCUGUGGCAUGUACCAACGUGGACUGGUACAAGUCUGGUCAUUAGAGCAGCCAGACUGGACAUGUAAAAUAGAUGAAGGAUCAGCCGGACUGAUCGCAGUCAGAUGGAGUCCUGACAGCAGACACAUUAUGACGACAGCAGACUUUUAUCUGAGAAUAACUGUGUGGUCACUCAUCAACAAGUCUGUAUCUUACAUUAAAUACCCUAAAGAGGCAAGUCCUGGAUAUGACUUUACGCGUGAUGGAAAGUAUCUCGCGUUAGCUGAACGUCGAGACUGCAAGGAUUAUGUCAGCAUAUUUAGUUGUGAUGCAUGGCAACUGUGCAAGCAUUUUCCUGUUGAGACAACUGAUUUGGCUGGUAUCCUCUGGUCACCGAAUGGUCGUGUUCUGUGUGUGUGGGAUUCUCUUCUCAAUUAUUCAGUACAACUGUACUCUAUGGAUGGUCGUUGUUUAACAAAAUACUCAGCAUAUCAAUUUGCUCUUGGAGUAAAAACAGUAAGUUGGUCAUUCACGAGUCAGUUUCUUGCCAUUGGAAGCUAUGAUCAAAAGGUUCGACUAUUAAACAACAUUACAUGGAAGGCGAUAGGCAACUUUACGCAUACCCCAUCCGUAGAAACAUCAAGAGAUCUUGUAGUGUACCGAGAAGUACAGAAAAGACUUCCGGCCAUGUCGACAGACUCAAUGGCGUAUUCUAACAACGUCUUCAGAACUGAGAGCAAAUAUGAAGUCGCUGAAGGAACAGUCAAGUUUUCUCUCGUCAAACCCGAUCCUGAUAAACCGAAUCCGUCGGUUGGAGUCGGGCUGGUGAUAUUUAGUCAUGACAGUCGCUACAUGGCAACAAGAAAUGACAACAUGCCGACAGUGCUAUGGAUUUGGAAAAUACCGACACUCAAACUGGCUGUUGCUUUGGUACAGAGUUUGCCCAUCAAACAAUUUGAAUGGGAUCCGUGUCAACAGCGUCUUGCUCUUUGCACUGGCAAUAAUAAAGUCUAUAUGUGGUCGCCAGCAGGAUGCAUUACAGUCAAUGUCCCUAGCGAUUCUUUGUUCAAUGUGGUUGCUCUGGGGUGGAAUCCUACUGGUAAAUCUCUCACUCUCCUUGGGAAAGAUCAAUUUUGUGUCUGUUAUCUGACAGACACAAGCAUAGACUGAACACCAAGUGAGCAAUGAUUUUUUUC